AAAAAGUUUAGAGGAACUGACUCAGUGUACUCGGGCGAAAAGUUCAGUUCACACAGUGUUCCAUAAUUUUCUGUCUUUAAUUAUAUUAAUUAUAGUCAACGAUGGUUCUUUAUACGAAAUUAUUAACACAGCAGGCGAAACGAGCGGCUUUAUAUGCCGUUGAAUCACAACAAAGAUGGUUUCACGCCAGUUGUGCAAUGAGCAGCAAAGUUGCUCUAUCGAAAUUCGACAACAAUGUCUAUAUGCCAUACGAGAAACUCGUUCAACGUCUUGAAGUUGUCAAGAAGCGCCUUAAUCGUCCACUUACAAUGUCUGAAAAGGUCCUUUAUUCACAUUUGGAUGAUCCAGCAAAUCAAGAUAUUGAACGUGGUGUCUCAUAUUUACGUUUAAGACCUGAUCGUGUCGCUUGUCAAGAUGCAACAGCACAAAUGGCUAUGAUGCAAUUCAUUUCAUCUGGAUUAAAACGUGUUGCUGUUCCAACAACAAUCCAUUGUGAUCAUUUAAUUGAAGCACAAAUUGGUGGUGAACAGGAUUUAGCUCGUGCAAAGAAACUUAAUGAAGAAGUUUAUGCUUUCUUGGAAACAGCUAGUGCUAAAUACGGUGUAGGAUUCUGGAAACCCGGUUCUGGUAUCAUUCAUCAAAUUAUCUUGGAAAAUUAUGCUUUCCCUGGACUUUUGAUGAUUGGAACUGAUUCACAUACACCAAAUGGAGGUGGUCUUGGAGGUUUAUGCAUUGGUGUUGGUGGUGCUGAUGCUGUUGAUGUAAUGGCUGAUAUUCCAUGGGAAUUGAAAUGUCCAAAUGUCAUUGGAGUUCAUUUAACUGGAAAGAUUAGUGGCUGGACAUCACCAAAAGAUGUUAUCUUAAAGGUUGCUGAUAUUUUAACAGUUAAGGGAGGUACUGGAGCUAUUAUUGAAUAUCAUGGAAAGGGUGUUGACUCAAUGUCUUGUACUGGAAUGGCUACAAUCUGUAACAUGGGUGCAGAAAUUGGUGCAACAACAUCAACAUUCCCAUUCAAUGAUAGAAUGGCAGCUUAUUUGAAAUCAACUGGUCGUGAUUCAAUUGCUGCUGAAGCUGCCAAGUUCCAAAAAGCUUUAUUACAAGCUGAUUCUGGUGCUAAGUAUGAUCAACUUAUUGAAAUUAAUUUAGAUACAUUGGAACCACAUGUCAAUGGACCUUUCACACCCGAUUUGGCUCAUCCAAUUAGCAAACUUGGUGCUAAUGCCAAGAAAAAUGGAUAUCCAAUUGACAUCAAAGUUGGUCUCAUUGGUUCAUGCACAAAUUCAUCAUAUGAAGACAUGGGACGUUGUGCCUCAAUCGUUAAAGAUGCCUUGAAACAUGGCGUUAAGUCAAAGAUUCCAUUCAAUGUCACACCCGGCUCUGAACAAGUUCGUGCUACAAUUGAACGUGACGGAAUUGCACAAACACUCCGUGAUUUUGGCGGUACUGUCUUGGCUAAUGCUUGUGGUCCAUGUAUUGGUCAAUGGGAUCGUAAAGAUGUUAAGAAAGGAGAUAAGAACACAAUUGUUACAUCUUAUAACCGUAACUUUACUGGACGUAAUGAUGCCAAUCCAGCAACUCAUUGCUUCGUUACAUCACCCGAAAUGGUCACAGCUUUAUCACUUGCUGGUCGCUUAGACUUUAAUCCAUUGACUGACGAAUUAACUGGAGCUGAUGGAAAGAAAUUCAAGUUGAAGGAACCAUUUGGUGAUGAAUUACCCGUUCGUGGAUUCGAUCCAGGUCAAGAUACAUACCAAGCACCACCAGCUGAUGGAAGCAACGUAAAUGUCGUCGUUGAUCCAAAAUCACAACGUUUACAAUUACUUGAACCAUUCGACAAAUGGGAUGGCAAAGAUUUGACUGAUUUGACUAUUUUGAUCAAAGUUAAGGGAAAGUGCACAACUGAUCACAUUUCAGCAGCUGGUCCAUGGUUGAAAUAUCGUGGUCAUUUAGAUAACAUUUCGAAUAACAUGUUCAUUGGUGCCACAAAUUCAGAAAAUAAUGAAAUGAAUAAGAUCAAGAAUCAAGUUACUGGCGAAUGGGGCGGAGUUCCAGAUACAGCACGUCACUACAAAUCUAAGGGAAUUCGCUGGGUUGCUGUUGGUGAUGAGAACUACGGUGAGGGAAGUUCUCGCGAGCAUGCAGCUCUUGAACCACGUCAUUUGGGUGGUCGUGCAAUUAUUGUCAAGUCAUUCGCUCGUAUUCACGAGACUAACUUGAAGAAACAAGGUGUUUUGCCAUUGACUUUCGCUAAUCCUGCUGACUACGAUAAGAUCCAACCAACCGAUAAGAUUUCAAUCCUCGGAUUAAAAUCAUUCGCACCAGGUAAACAAUUGACAGCUGAAAUUAAGCAUGCCGAUGGAAAGACAGAGAAAAUCCAAUUGAAUCACAGCUUUAACGAUCUUCAAAUCACAUGGUUCAAGGCCGGUAGUGCAUUAAAUCGCAUGAAGGAGGUUACAAAGUAAAUUGUUAAUUUCAUUUAUCGCUCGUCAUAUUUUUCUUCGUCGUCCACAUGUCUAAUUGUGUCCUGUGGAUGUUAAUUUUAUAAAGAAUAAUUUAUAAAUCGCUCCAAAUUAAAUUUAAUGUGCGAUCCAAAAUUUGUUUUAGAAUUAAAAUACCAAAAAAUUUAUCGUUUCUAUUCAAUGAACCACUAGUGAAACUCUGUAAUCUGAUUAGUGCAAAUUUAAAUGUCUUAUUAGAUAAUAUUCAUUAUUUUCAAUGAAGUCAGUAACUCUUUUCUUUUUGUCUCACAAGAAACGAAAACAAUGCGAAACUUUGUGUGUUUUGAAAUAGUUACAUGCUGAUGCAAUUUUUCGAUGGGGUAAAAUGUACAGCAUGUGUAUCAAGAUAAUAAAUACCGAUAACAUAAAUAAUGUACAUUAAAGCAUGAAACUUGUCUAAAUAAUUAUUAAUUCUCUUCCGAGUGAUUGAAGUCGACAAUAAUAAAGUGAUAUUCAGA